GCCUUUACAAAUAGCAUAAUUGGAGUAGUAAGAAAUUCAUAAUUAACAUUGUUCAAAAUUCAUUUCUCAAAUCCUCUUUCUUUUUGUUUUUUGAUCAUCGUUGUCAUGACUGGGAGGAAGGUUAAACUUGCAUACAUAGCCAAUUCAUCGAGCAGGAAGGCAAGCUACAAAAAAAGGAAAACUGGUUUGCUAAAGAAGGUUAAUGAAAUCAGCACUCUAUGUGGGAUAGAAGCAUGCGCAAUAAUCUUUGGUGAAAACAAUGCUCAACCAGAGGUUUGGCCACCAGGUCCUGCAACAAAAGAUGUGUUAUCCAAGUUCCUACACUUGCCUGAAAUCGAACGAAGCAAAAAUAUGGUGGAUUUGACAGCUUACUUGAACCAAAGUAUUGCAAAAUCUCAAUUGCUGUUGAGGAAACAAAUGGAGGCAAACAAGAAGAAUGAAUUCGCCCUAUUUAUUACUAAAGUAUUUAGUACUAGACAAUAUCGUGUCGAGGAUGUGAAUGUGAAUGAACUUAAUGACCUGGCGGCCUUUAUAAAUGACAAUCUGAAGGAAAUUGAUUGGAGGUUGCAAUCGGCGGAAAUUCAAUCUCAAGAGGAAGCUGGAAAUGGAGCUGAAGAUAUGAAUGGAAUAGGGAAUGAGGGUAAUAAGGGUGAUGCAUCUGGGCUGGUGAAUGUAGGAGAUAUGCAAGCUAAUAUGGGCAAUGGUGCUGAGGUCCAAGGUUUGGAUAGCAACGUGAAAUAUGGCAUGGAAAGUGAUUAUGAAGAUCCACCUUGGGACUUCUCCAUGUUAGCAUUUCAUGAUGUUAAUACGGACAUAAAUGGUCUUUGGUCUAACUAA